GUCAUGUGCACGAAGCCUAAACCGUGGCAAUGUAUCCUCGUUUUAGUCUCGUUCUUUGUGGUAUUGGCUGUCUUCCUUACAAUCUCUUCAUCUAGGGCCCCUACCUCACAGGGUACGGAGGUAGUGUACGCCCAGUCAUCAGAUGGACCUCGGGCUCUACCUCCGCGCGGGCCCCGGCAAGGGCCCCUCGUACCUUCGGUCAUGAUGGAUCUAUUUCAUCGAGGGCCCCAUGAGCAGAUUUCGGCCGAAAUAGUGCGAAGUCUAACUCCCAGGACAGUAGGUCCUGUAUACCACCACUACCCGGAAGCCACGGUCAGAGAACGUCUUCACCUGCUCACGUUCGACGUCCCCAAUGUGCCUCCUGGGGAGGUGCUGCACUCCGCACAGCUGCGACUCACCCUAGCCUUCCUGAGACCUGCACGAGACUUGGAGAGCACAGUGAGUGUCUACUACGGGUCCAUGGAGGUUCGCGACCAGGCGUCUGAACAGAAGGUCGUCCUAAACUGUACCACACUCAUCAACCACUUCCAUAAGCAGAGGGACUACCUCGGUGGGGAGCUUCAGCUGGUGGUAGGGGUGACUGUGGCUCCAGGACAGAACAUUCAUCCCCUGAUGAUUUCCAAUGACCACGUUGAUCAACAACCCUUGCUGCUGCUGUUGUACAGCCCUACCACUCCGAGGGACGACACGCAACUUCAAAACUCACAAGAGACACGUCGAAAUAAGCGCGACAUUUCUACUGAAGACUACGAAGAAGAGACAAACAGAAUAUGGUCUGGGGCUUUGAUAAAGACGAAACAGAAGAAACACAGAAACCUCUGCAGGCGCAAACCUCUCUACGUGGAGUUUGCAGACAUAGAAUAUGACUCUUGGAUCGUAGCUCCGAGUGGUUAUCAGGCGUACCAAUGUGUGGGUAAAUGUGUGUAUCCGCUCAGUGAUCACCUGACACCUACCAAACAUGCUAUUAUACAAACCUUGCUGUCUAGCAUCCAGCCUACUAAGACCCAGCGGUCGUGCUGUGUUCCUACCAAGCUAGACUCCAUCUCUGUCCUCUACCUAGACUCUCGGGGGGUUCUCACCUAUCGUCUCAGCUACAAGGACAUGGUCGUGGCAGAAUGCGGUUGCCGAUAG